AUGGAUCAUAUUACUAUUAUUCCUUCUAAGCGGUUUGUGCAGAUUCUCCAAGAGCUCCAGAAUUCAUUUGGAUUUCUUGACAGUAUUAAGGAGAAACUUUUAAGUGAAGAAGAUGGUUCUGAAAGGAAAAUUAAAUUAACCACUCAAGAAAUAAAAUGGUGUCAUACAAAAAUGAGGGAGCAUGGGAUCUCAGAAAGGGUACAUGAAUUGUUAUCAGAAAGUGAAAUAGUUUUGCCAAAAUAUGAUACCCCUGAAAGAAAUCCAGAACUUGAGGCUAGAGUUCAAAGACUUAGGUCUGAGCAGGAAAACAGAGAGUACAAUAAUAUGGUAAAAUCCAUUGAUCCUUCUCAUUACGUAGAUGGCACUAAUAUUGGAGAUAUUGGCAAAGAACUGAGAAGUGUUAAUAAGCAAAUAAUUUCUGGAAUUCAAUAUCUUUUGUCCAUUGUUGGUACCUUCUUUGCUGUCUUUGUUGCCAUGGGUUUUGCCACCUCUGAUUAUGGUGUUAGGGCACUGUCAGCUACUAUUUCUGCUGUGGUCGUUGGCUUGGCAGAAGUAUACUUCAUCAUUCGGGAAGAUUUAAGGGAGGAAAAAAAACUUAGGAAAGCAGAGUGAAACUAGUCACAUAAGUUAAGAGUUUUAGAGAUGUAUGUAAUUUAUAUUGUAUAAAUGGUGAGAUGUAGCAAAAAUAGUACAGUAUGAGCUCAUGGAAUCAGGUAAAAUUUUGUCCUAAGAAGAUAGAAAUGUACUGAGCUCUUUGUUCUAAGUUUAAGAUUAGGAUGCAUAUAGCUAAUAGCUUAUAGCUGCAAAAGAAAGUUAAUAUAUUAACUAUAACCUUGUACCAGUUAAAGUCAGAGACAGUAAUGUGGUGGUGGUAUAUCUGGUGAUCUUAUUUUUCAGAAACUACUAUUACUGUAGUUUCUAAUUAUGUUUAUGCUAUCUAUUGUCUUGUAAAAAUUUAACCUUGUUAGAUAUAGCCAGCCCGUUGGAAUCGAGAUGUAUCAUCUUAUAUCAUGCUAUCUCUACAUGUGGCUGAGUUGGUUCAUAAAUUCCACUUAUUAACCCUGCACUAUGAGUGGGAAUUUUGCAUUUGAUUGCAGCUUAACCCUUUCACUGUCUAAACCCUUGCUCACAAACUUGCUCUCACUGUUGAAGGUUUUUUAUUAUUAGCACACUGGCCGAUUCCCACCAAGGCAGGGUGGCCCGAAAAAGAAAAACUUUCACCAUCAUUCACUCCAUCACUGUCUUGCCAGAAGGGUGCUUGACACUACAGUUUUUAAACUGCAACCACCCAGGGAAGUGCUGCCGUCCUGCCAGAUGACUGUGAAACAGAAACCUGUAACUGUUUUGCAUGAUGGUAGGAUUGCUGGUUUCUUUUUCUGUCUCAUAAACACGCUAGAUAACAGGGAUAUCUUGCUACUCCUACUUACACUUUGGUCACACUUCACAGACACACACACGCAUAUAUAUAUAUACAUACAUCUAGAUUUUCUCUUUUUUCUAAAUAGCUCUUGUUCUUCUUUAUUUCUUCUAUUGUCCAUGGGGAAGUGGAAAAGAAUCUUUCCUCCAUAAGCCAUGCGUGUCGUACGAGGCAACUAAAAUGCCGGGAGCGAUGGGCUAGUAUCCCCUUCUCCUGUAGACAUUUACUAAAAAAGAGAAGAAGAAAAACUGCUGAAGAAUUUAAAAAAAAAGAAAAUUCUUAUGAAAUGAUAGUGAAUCUUUUCCUGAUGGUAAUGGCACCAAAAGUAUGAAAUUUGAUGGAAAACUUACGGACUUAUGCUCUCGUGAAGUUGGUGGUCUCGGUGAUAUUUAUACAUCAGAGAUUUUGUCCAGUUUGAGCCCUAUUUUUGGCCAAUUCCAUUGUUCCAGAUGGCCACACUUAUAGCUAUUUUGCUUGAAUUCCUUUUGUUCUAUCAGUUGAGUACAAGAAACUGCCCAUUUACCAAUUUCACCUAACCCAAUAAAGUGAUCAGAAAUUGGUAAUUUGGCCAAGUUCAUACACAAUUCAAGGAAAGCAAA